AUGCCACCUCAGCCCCCUUUUUCCCCCGACGACUAUUUCCUACACCAGGCAAAGCUCUUCAGCCAUCUCGAGAAACGCCACAACAAGUUCGCUGCAAAGACAGUCACCGAGGCCCAGCGAGCACGCGACAAUAGAAAGCACCCCCCGCCCAAGAAAGUAUCCCCGCCUGCAGGAAACAUGAUAGGUUCAAGCUCCAUUCGAGGCUCAGCCAGGGCCAUAUCCCAAGCUGCUCGCCCGAGUCUUACCCCUGCCCCCUCAGCAUCCUUCUCCACCACCGCCCCCGCUUCCAUCCGUGUAGCCAAGAACAAGCUCCGGAAGGUUGGCAACCCCGACGCUCUCCCGGCUGAAGAAGCGACCAAGAUCCUACGAGCGCUCGAAGUAGCCCACCCGAAAUCUACGUAUACCCUCACCCUUACCACCAAAUCUCACAAAUCUGCCCUCCCCAUCCGUGGUUCAUUCAACCUCCCUCUCGACCCUCGCCGAACGUCCGAGACCAUUCUCGUCUUUGCCGAACCCUCCUCCUCUUCUGCGGCAAUGGCCAAGGAAGCAGGAGCAGCGUAUGUCGGCGGAGACGAGCUCUUUGAAGCACUGUUAUCGGGAAAGAUCAACCCCACGAGAUGUCUCGCCACGCCGGGUAUGAUGCCCACCGUUACACGAUCUCUUGCCCGAUUCCUCGGUCCAAAGGGUCUGAUGCCAGCGGCCAAGCGUGGCGGUGUGGCUGAAGGGGAAGAGCUGGUAGAGCGUAUCAGAGACGCCGCGGGCAAAAUGGAGUACCGCGCAGACAAGGCGGGCACUGUCAGGAUCAAUGUUGCGAGAUUGGACUUUGGAGUGCCGGCGGUGGAGCAGAAUGUCAAGGCAUUCAUCAAGACUGUGAGGGACAACCAGGCGGCGGCAAACCAAACGGAUGACCCGCUUGCAGCGGCAGCCAAGAAGAAUAAGAAGAAGGGGUCACAGAUUACUGCCGCGAUCCUGGAGUCAACGAAUGGGCCUAGCAUAGAGCUCAACGAUGUUCUGUAG